GGCACUCAACUCAAUCAAUAGAAAUUUACAAAAAUAAUCAAAAUCAGUAAAAAUUUCUUUAGAUGGAUUCCCCCUCCCAAUCUCAGCUCCCCACAAUCAAAUUCAAGUUGAAGAAUUUGAAAAAUGGAAGCACAGAUUCGUUCAAUUCGACCUCGGAUUCAGUCCGUGCGGCUCUGGAGACGUACGGGUGCUUCGUGAUCGAGUACGAGGAGAUGAGUCCACAGCUGUACGAGGCGAUGUACGGGCUUUCGGAGGAACUGUUCCGCCUCCCCAUUGAAACUAAACGCAACCACACUUCUCAACUUCCAGGUUUCGGCUAUGGCGGAAAUUAUGCUGCGAUGCCUCUCUUUGAAUAUUUCGGCAUCGAACAUGCUCAAACUGAUCUCGAAUCAAUGAGAAAGUUCACCGGCUUGUUCUGGCCCGACGGCAACCACUACUUUUGUGAGACGCUACAGUCAUACUGCAAUUUGCUGUCGGAAUUGUAUUGGACGGUGAUGAAGAUGGUUACAAGCAGUUAUGGAUUAGAAAGAUACUACAGCCCCCUUGAAACGGCGUCGUUUUAUAUGACACGAUUGAUGAGGUAUCACGCCCCAGGUGAAGGCAAAUCUAACAUCGGCAUCUUGCCUCACAGAGACAAGAGUUUCUUGUCUGUAAUUGGGACUAACGAGGUACGAGGUUUGGAGAUCGAAACUCGUGAUGGUGACUGGAUCCAUUUUGAGCCAGCUCCCACAAAGUUCAUCGUUGUUGUUGGUGAAGCUCUCAUGGCAUGGAGCAAUGGUAGGAUAUACUGUCCCCUUCACAAAGUGGUGGCGCGAGGAAUGAAAGAAAAAUAUUCUAUUGGUACAUUUUCUUUUGUUAGGGGAAUAUUGGAAGUACCUCAAGAAUUGGUGAAUGACAAAAAUCCACUCCAAUUUAAACCUUUCAACCAUUUGGAUUUUCUUGACUACUGCCGUGAAGGGGGCCCGAAGAUGUAUGGAGCCAUUCAAAGAUACUGCGAAGAGUCGAACCGAAUAGAAUCCUAGAUCGAACCCGCCCCCAUGGAGAUAUGGAGACUAUGUUUAUAAGUUACCUUUAUUGUUUUCUUUUAUUAGUAGUUAAAUGUAAUUUAAUAAGUAUCUCUUUCCGGGUUUUCUAACGGUUCUUUCCCGGAUCCUAUCAAGAGAGUCGAACCGGUUAUAUAUGUUCCUAGUUCAUUUAUUUAAAGGGUCUUUCAAUGUUAAAUUAAAUAAGUAAAAAUUAAAACUUUUCUCUUUCCUU